AUGACCCAAAAGGCAGAAAUAGUAAAGGAAGAGAUUGAUACGUUUGAUUACAUAAAACACUUAAAACUUUUGAACUUCCCAAAACAUCGGUUCUCGAAUUCUGCGUCUCCAAGUGAACAUAUUCUGUGGAGCAGUGAAAAUGCUAAUGGACAAUCUCUGGGAAAAAAGUCCAUUUGGGAAGCUCUGUUAAAUUUUUUCUUUCCAACAACAUGCAUUCCAAAGGAGAAUCAGGUUGUGAAGGCUUGCAAUAAGCUGCAAGAUUAUAACAAGAGUGAAUGUUUGGAAUACAAAUGCUGUUAUUCAUCGUUCAGGACCAAUAACUUCAGCUGCUUUGCCCCAUUAAAAGAUAAGCCUACACAGAUGUUCCGGAUGUUUGGGCUUGGUGUGAUCAGCAUGAUCAUCCUGGGAUGUCUGCCCAUUUAUUGCUGCUCUUUUUGCCGGAGGAGUAAAUGGGCCAAUCCUUUACGAAGGAGACUCAACAGAAUUUUAAAGGGUUUGAAGAAACAAAGAAAGAAAAUAAAGAGGGAUGCUGAAAUGUUAAGGACAGCAGUAGAAGAGGAGGAAGGUUUAGGUGAUGAAAAAGAGCAAGAGACCAAAGGACUGACUCUGGAACUGCAUGAGGAAGCACCAGAUUCUAUCAUCACUUGGACAGUGCCCUAUAAAACAGCUCUCAACAGACAGAGAGCUGCUUGGUUUGUGGAUGGCAGUUCCAGGGUGAGCGGACAACAUCCUGUUUGGGAGGCCACCACUCUGAUAGGAGGUAAAAACAGAUCAGCCUGGGGCCUGAUGGGACAGCAUGUGCCUUUACCCCUUCUGGUGAAACUGGGGCUAACAGUGAAUGAAGCUAUAUUGCCUGAUGGUAAAUACAGCCCUCUAGUUCUGUACCUGCAUAACUUUACCUUCUCUGAAUACAAGCGGAUUGUAGACUAG